ACUGAAGAAAUUACUACUAAGACGUCUAUAUACAGUCAGGUAACGUCAAGUAACACAGUAACGAGUUGUAGGAGUGAUUGGGCCUACAUAUACGAAAAUAUACAGUAGAUAUAAUAGUUAAACUGUUAUAAUUUAAUAGACACUGACAUAUAUAAUAAUAAUAAUAGUAAAGACAGUGAUUCGAUAAUUAAAUGACAGCAGAAUGUAUUGUGUGUUGUUAUUUAAAUAAAUAAAAUUAUAAAAUCAGCUGUCAUUAAUCAUGAAAGUGGUUGUUAUUUUUGUAUGACAUUAUUGUCUUAUUUUUGUUAUUGUUGUUCUGGAAGGAGCGAUAGAAAUAACUCCAAACACACAUUUAAGGGGAAAUUUCACAACCAGUGAGAUCACCGUCAAGGUUAACAAACAAGAAAAGUGUUCUUUAAUGGUGCAAUAAAAAAAAAACGAGAGAGUUGAAUAUUAAAAAAAUAAAACAAUUAUUUUGUGAGCAGUCCAAGUCUUCUGGUAUUGUCUUGGAGAUUCUUAAAUGCGAUGGAGGAUUAUAAAUUUCUGUUCAAAGUUGUGCUCGUUGGGAAUGCUGGUGUUGGAAAGACUUGUUUAGUUCGUCGAUUUACUCAGGGAUUAUUUCCUCCUGGACAAGGAGCUACUAUUGGAGUAGAUUUUAUGAUUAAGACUGUCGAAGUAGAGAAUGAGAAAGUCAAGUUGCAAAUUUGGGAUACUGCAGGUCAAGAACGUUUCAGGUCUAUAACUCAAAGUUAUUAUAGAUCUGCUCAUGCACUUAUUCUUGUGUAUGACAUCUCUUGUCAGCCUACAUUUGAUUGUUUACCUGACUGGUUAAGAGAAAUUGAAGAGUAUGCGAGUAAUAAAGUAUUGAGGAUACUCGUUGGUAAUAAAAUUGACCGCGAAGACAGAGAAAUUCCAACUCACGUAGGUGAAGACUUUGCUCAAAGGCAUGGGAUGUAUUUUUUGGAGACCUCUGCCAAAGAAGCUGAGAAUGUCGAGAGAUUAUUUAUGGAAAUAGCUGCUGAGCUUAUGGAGCAAGCACGAAGUAAAGAAUUACCGAGAUACGAGACAAAUGCUACUUCAAUAAACGGGAAAACAACAUCAAUUGGUGACAGUGGUAACUGUACAUGUAGUCGAUUAUCUUAAUUAGUAAAAAUAUAACUAUUAAAAUUAUAUAUAAUAUUUAAACGAAGGGUGAGAAAUUAUUUUUCAUUUUGUAAUACUGAAGAUUUUAUUUCUUCGGGUACUUAAAUAAUUCCGACUCUUCGGUUAAUUUGACCAACAAAUAAUACAAGUGAUAUGAUUUUCAAGCUCAAUGGUAAUUUUUUCAUAUUUAGAAUUUUAGUCAAUGGUAUAGAAACUAAUAAACAUAAAUAUGGAGGCGUAGUCUUGUGUCCUAGUAAAUGUAAAAUAUAAUUAAUUUUUUAUAUUGAGUAGAUAUAUACAUUUACCUCCAAAAAUCAUACUCCAUUGAGAAAAUAAAGACUUUAUUGUUUUUUUGCUAUUUUGACCGACUAACUUGAAAAA